AUGUGGAUUGAGAACUGGCUGAAUGACCAGUCUCAGAGGGAUGUGACUGGUGGUUUGCAAUGCGGUAGUGACAUUUAUUACCACCACCGACCCCCUCACCACCCCCAUUUUCGCUUGUCCCGUUGUUCCACCCGCGGGCCGCCUCGCCAGGUGGCUGCAAGAUGGCUGACGGGUGAGCUGAGGGAGCGCACCUCGCCCUGCGGUGGGGCGAGGGGUGUCUGCUGCCGGGGGGGAAGCCGACAGGCACGGCGGGGCACCCUGCGGCUGCCGACGCCUGCGGACGCGGCACCCCGGGAAGAGCCUGCCCCGAAGGAGGCCGCGGCCAGGCCCGGCGGCCCCGGCCCGUGUUGCCGUGGCGACGCGGCGGCCGCCCCGGCGGGGAGGGCCCGGCGGCGGCGGCUUUUCCUGCGCCAAGUGCUGCCAGAGGGGGCAGAGCUGAGCCGGGCAGGGCCGCGCCGCGCCGAGCAGAGCAGCUCCGCACCCCGCGCCGCACCGGUCUCCGGCCCCGGCGGGAACCCGCCGCCGCCGCCGCCCCGGACCGAAACUUACAAUCCAGAUACGUUGGUGCCCUGCUCUGGUUCUUCAAAACUAAUGGAGAGCCUGAAGAAAAUAGCUUGGAUACUGAAGUGAUAAGCGCUACAGAAAUGCCAGACACUAUAUAAACAACUAAACUCAGCCUCCAGCCCUUCCUGAAAGAGGGAUGAUUUGCAGAAAUACCUCAACAGAUGGUCUGAAUUUGGCUCUGGAAAGGAGGGAAGAAAUGCCAGGCCGCUGCUGCACUGUGUGUGGGUGCAUGCCUGCGUGCACUGUGCAGUGUGCUGCUUGCCUGCAUGCUCCUGGGGAGGCUGAGCAGGCUGCUCCUGCAGCCCCUGCCUGCUCAGGAGGCAUCUGUGCACCGCUGACUCAGUCUCUGUGGCUCCUGCCAGGUCCCUGGUGUUGAGCAAGCUCCUGCUUCUGCUGUGGGGAGGUUUGGCUUACUGGGCUGCUCUUGUGGAGGUGAGCUGUGGUUACUUUUGCAGAGACACUGGGUAAGGUGUCAGAUCACACUGUGGUCUUCAGGCAAUCAGGUGGUCUCUUGCGCUGACACCUCUACCUCAUUACCUGUGACAGUGUAAAUUGAGGUGAUCUGGUGGUGGAAGCAAACGGAUCAGCUGUGGCAAAGGGCUAUUUGGACACACCUAUGCAUAUAUAUGAGCUGACAAACUUGCUGUUAGCCUGAGAGGGCAUGAAAUGAGAGAGGCUUUACAUGGUCAUGGCCAGGGACUCUAAAGAACAACAGCAGAGCUGGCUGCUGUGGGUAACCUCCUCUCUCCUGAUGAGGUUCUGCUCAUGCAGGGGAAG